CAUCCAUAUCCCAGUCGGGACUCGGAUGGUUGAGGCCAGUCGUUUUCCUCUGCUCGAGUUCGAUUGUACCUACAAAGGUUUUCCGCGCGCGCGUUUUUUCACAACCGGACAGCAACUGUGGGUUCUGACGUCGCGUAUCUGUUUGUGCGCUUGAAGAAAAUUCCCUUUUUCGAUCGACAGAACGGCGUAAAUCAUAUUGUGAUAGAUGGCCAAUCCUAGUGGAUGUGAUCGAUCAAAGAGCCAACCGAACAGCCAACGAUGUGGAAAACCGUGAUAAUUGGAAAAGUGUGAAGGCAGCCGGCGCUCUUACUCCGUUCGAAGGCACGUGGCUGCAUUUUAUGUGGGAGACCGUUAACAGUUCAAUUAGAGUGCGUUGAUGCCAGUUGGGCAGUUGUGUGGUGACGGCGAAGUGCAUAAAGAAGAUAGUUCUCGGUCUCGCUUGAAGUAGCAUCGUGUACUGUGCUAUUUGAAAACAAAACGACAUAUAUUUCGGUGCAGUAGUGGGCUGACUAAAAAUCCCAGUAAGAGCGAACUACUUUGUGGAUUAUUUCUGGUAGUGGGGAAAAAAUCAAUCCAAAAAAUGGAUACCCAACGGUGGAGGAGUGGAAGCUGCAGCCGACUGUUGUACAAGAUUGGAUUAUUCCUGUUUCUUGUCGAAGCCUCCCAAUGUCUGCAGAUUACGAAUCUGGAUGUACCGCAGUCGUACACCAUUUCGCGCGGAGAUGAACCCUCGGAUGAUCUUGUGAUGGACUGCGAAUUCGAGCUGGAUGAAACCAAAUCCAAAGGAUUUGUUCUAAAGUGGAAACACAACAACUUGCAGAUCUACCAAUGGAUUCCGGUCACGUCAAAACCGGUUGCCUUCGCAUCCUUCAAAGGUCACAUCGACCUGGACUACACGGUGUCGGAUGACCGACUACAGAAGCAUCGUGCCUUAAAGCUUAUCAACCCGGCGGCCAACUUCACCGGCAAUUACAGCUGCUCGGUACAGACGUUCGAGGAGAACGAAACCAAAAUGGCUCACCUGCAAGUCAUCGUCCCGGAGGUGGAUUUCAAUCUGACGUACACUCGGGGGAACAAUGGAAGCGUCAUUGUGUCCUGUGGAGUGAGUGAUAUCUUUCCCAAACCGGAACUGGCGUUGUUCAUCGACGAAUCUCAAACUAAAGAAGUAGUCCUAAGCGAAGAACAGUUGCAAGGCACGUACGAAGUAACGCUUCAGCAUAUACUCAGCGAUGACUCCAAGGAUGCGUCCAUCAGCUGUCAGCUAUCGAUACCGGGAACCAAUUAUACUAAACGACGCGAAAAGAUGUACCAUGGGUCGGCUCCCCGGACAAACAUAUCAACCGUGCAAGCCCUACUCUUUGCCCUGGCCGCAGCAGUAUUGUCCAGCACGUUCAGAUUGUAACGCAAGACUUCCUUUGUUAACGGUUGUAUAGCGACAAAGGAGAGCGCCGUUGGUAAUCGAUGGAAUCGAAGCCGAACGGCGCCACACCUUGGAACAGUGUCUUAUUAGCUACAUUUUCGUAUCAAUGUUGUUGCCGGAGAUUUCAGCACACCAAUCAACGAUAACUAGAAUUAAGAAAUCAAACCAAAAAACGACACGCUUUUAAGCCUCUAGCCAAAAGAGAGAAAAAAAAUGUUUAAGUUCUGUUUAGCUUUACUUUAUUUCAAGUCUUCCACUAUUGAAUCUGUUAUAACGUAUGAACCUGUUACUACGUAGGACAAAGAUUUAUUUAGUUCGCAGAAAAAAUCGCACAAGUUACGAAAUCACUGUUUUCAUUUCUCACUUAACAACCCAUGUGCUUUGUUUAUCAAAUGCAGAUGAAGCUUUCAAUUGAUUAAGAUAAUUGAUGUAAAUAGUUAAUUUAAAUUUACUUUUAUUUGAUCCUGAACACUUACAAGUUUAUUAUAUGUCAGAUAAAAAAGUUUAAUAACCAAAAAGUGUACGCCAAAUCAAAACAAAUAUUAUUAUGGUAGAUAAUAAACAAUUUCGUACGAUGAUCGAA